AUUCGAUUCCGUAUGUAUUAAGAAUAGCUUUUAGUAUCACCCACCGGAUGUUUUGCCGGACACGUGCUGUCAAAUGUCAACAGAUCGAAUGUGAGCUUGCAAGCCAGCUGACAACACGUUCAGGGCGAUGUCAGACAGAGCCUUUCGCAACCCCUUCCCGGAUUACGACGGAGAAAGUGUCCUGACUGAGGAGGGAAAGCUACCUGAGUCCUUCCUGAAGCAGGUGAGGGGCAAGAUUGAUGAGCUGCUCUCACGUGUGGAGGCUGCAGGGCCUGAGGAGGAGGACAGUGUCUACGUCGGGGGAGCAGGUAGGGCAGCUCUAUACCUCCACCUGCACACGACGGUUGGUGAUGGGAAGGGAGAGGAAUACCUCCAGAAGGCUCUUGCCAACCUACAGCGCCCCCUGUCUUCCCUCAAGGGGAGGAAACUCUCCUUCCUGUGUGGUGAUGCAGGUCCACUGGCCCUUGGUGCUAUAACAUACAGUAAACUAGGCCAGGCUAAGAAGAGUCAAGAGUGUUUAGAGAGGUUGGAGUUUCUCCACAGCAAGGUGCUAAAUGAUGCAUCCAUGCCAGAUGAAAUGCUGUUUGGUCGCACCGGAUACCUCUAUGCUUUGUUGCUCAUCAGAAGAGAGCUGGGGCCAGACUUUGUCAACUCAGAGAUUAUUUCCAAGGUCGUCCAAGCAGUGCUGGACUCGGGUCAGAGGAUGUCCAAGGAGCAGGAUUGGUCUCACCCCUUGAUGUACGCCUGGCACGACAAGCACUAUCUGGGAUCUGCCCAUGGUCUGGCCGGAAUAUUCUACAUGCUCAUGCAGGUGAAAGAUGCCAGUAUGAGCAGUGCCCUGACGACACUGGUGAAACCCAGCAUCGAAUACAUGCUGACACUUCGCUUCCCAUCCGGAAACUGUCCCUCCUCAAUCGGAAGUAGUUCCGGCGACAAACUAGUCCACUGGUGUCACGGAGCCCCCGGAUGGAUUCACAUGUUUUUACUUGCUUACAAGACAUUCGGGGAUGAGCGGUACCUGGCGGCGGCCCAGGACUGUGCUGAUGUCAUCUGGAAGCGAGGUCUGCUCAAGAAAGGAUACGGCAUCUGUCACGGAGCAGCCGGAAAUGCCUACUCGUUCCUGGCAAUGUUUAAACUCACCAAGGACCAGAAAUACUUGUAUUGGGCCUGCAAGUUUGCUGACUGGUGCUGUGACUACGGUACACACGGGUGUGGGACCCCAGACCGGCCAUACUCUCUGUUUGAAGGAAUGUCUGGCACCAUCUACUUCCUCUCCGAUCUCCAGGACCCAAUCAGCGCCAGAUUUCCUGCAUUUGAACUCUGAGGAUGGAGUAUACGGUCAAGGCCUAAUAAUGUAUAGUUUGGUGUAGUCACGAUCUGUUUCUACACGGAGUCAGAUGUUUCUAUUGCCUGCAGUCCCUUUUCACUUGCUUGUAUAGUGUUGAAGUGGAAGCUAUGUAGACAGCCGUAGAGCUACUCAUUGAGAGUAAAACGGUCUGUAAAUAAUCAAGUCUGCACCAAACAUCUAGUGAUUGAUGUCAUGAGCAUGGAUACACGCAAUUUGGAUACAAUGACAUGCAUCAACCAAGUCUUACCAUCCAAUCCCGUUUGUGGCCUCUUAUGACAAGCAUAGUCGCCUCCUACAGCAAGCAUGGGUUGCAGAAGACCUAUUCUACCCCGGAUCUUCACAGGGCGUGUACACUGUAGAAAUGUGUGAUCGUUGAUCAGUACCUCAGAGACAGGUGAAUCUCACCAGGGAGCUGGACAUCUGGAACACACCAAGAACGCUACAGCUGACAUCCAGCUUUCACAAAGUUGCAUUUGAAGUUGUUUGAGGUUGUCUCUGUGCCAUCGUUGAUGUUGUUGUUGUUGUUGUUUUGUUGUUUGACGCCGCACUCAGCAAUAUUCCAGCUAUAUGACGGCGGUCUGUAAAUAAUCGAGUCUGGACCAGACAAUCCAGUGAUUAUUAUUAUGAGCAU